CGCCCGGCCUGAUGAUGGACAUGCGUGCUGCCGAUGAUGCUCACCGACGCUGGCGAGGGUGUCGUGGAGACAUCGAGCAUGCUGCAUGCCGCGGGAUGUCCUCCGGCGUUGCCUGCGAUUGGGCAGCAGCGGCACUGACGGGCAGCCCGUAUUGUGGUAGUUUGUGAUUGGCACAGCAUCCGCCAAGGCAAGUUCUCUGUCUGCUCCUACCUCGGACCAGCCUCUCCGGCUCGGUGCAUGCGAGCCCCAGCAGACAAGUGCUGGGCAAGCUCGACAGAACACAAAUGCCUCUGCAGCUCAAGAAGAAGACCGGCCGGCUCACGCUACCGCCCCUCCACGAGGAGCAUCGGUUUGGCAGCCGCUACAUGAGCACGAGCAUGAUGGAGUCAUUAUCGCAUAUCCGUUCGCCGAAAUCACCAAGUCGGACUCUGACGCCCAACAAAUCCAUCGGCUCGCUCAAAAAGAAGAAGAAAAGGCGUCGGCGGAGGUCGGCGGUCGAUGACGACGACUGGGACAGUGACGACGACGACGAUGACGACGACGAUGAUGACGAUGAUGAUGACGAUGAUGAUAAUGACGAUGAUAGCAGCGACAACGACGACGAUGAAGACGGGCACGACGACGACAGCGACGGCUCCGGAGAUAAUGUCUCGAACUCUAGCCGUGAGGAAGAGGAUGCCCGGCGCUCAGUUGGAGGUGACUCCAAGGGCUCAUCGCAAGCGAGUCUGAUGCUGUCGGCUGCCGGGAAGGCGACGCUGUCGAUUCGCGAUCGACGGAAGCUCGGAGCCAAAAACGAGCGUGGUAGUGGGAUACUGGCAACCGAUGGGGUUUCUGCCAAGCUUGGAUCCAAAGUCGCGCUGAUGUCGAACCAAGGAGAGACUCAGGCGGUACAUCCUCUCCACCUCUCGCGACUGGCACACUAUCCCCUGAGACUGACAGGCUCCGAGCUCGCUCUGUUCAGCACCACCACGGGUUCAUUCCGUGGGCCCCGGGACGCCUAUGCCCGCUUCCUCACGCAAGCCAAGGGGCUGAAGAUGCGGCCGAUAUCCGGAUCUCCGAAGCAAGUCGUGCUCGUGGGAAAGGGCCCCGGCAAGAGGAAAAAGUCCCUUGCCGCGGUCGGGCCAAACUCCUGGCGAUACCUCAAGAGCGUUAGCCCGUCGGCAUACCAGCGGAAAAUGAAGCGUGAGCAGCAGAAAGUCACACAGGAACGAAAGAUUGAGGUCCUUUACGAUCUGCGGCUCAAAAUCAUUGCACUUAUGGGUUCGCUGAAGCUGUACCAUCCGAUAUUCGAGGAACUAAAAAUGGAAAACGAGGUGCUCAAAGAAAAGCAUCAAGUCCUCACCGAGAAGAAUAACAUGCAUGUCUCCGAGUGCUUGAAGGAGACCGAAGAUGCCGACAGGACAAUUACCAACCUGCAAAGACAACGCAAGAAGCAGCGGGCACGGCUGGAGAAGGAACUCAAGGAGUAUGAGCUCGAGGCCGAGAAGGAUGUCGAAGUCCUCAAGCAGCAGGCAUACAAAUCAAAGAUGUAUCUCAACGAGGUGGAGCUCGAAGUCGAGGAUUUGCUCGAGUUUCAAAAACGAACAACAGAUAACCCGGAGAUACUGAAGCGAGAAAUCGAUGCAGUCCGGGCUGAGCAGCAAAAGCUGAUCCAGGACCACCAGACACAGCUGCGAGUCGUCGAGGAAAAGGCCAGGAUCGAGCUACAGGAGAGCGAAGACAAGAUGUUCAACACCAUCCAGAGUCUGAUUGAUGACGCCAAGAUGAGCCUGACCGAUUAUGUAGCCAAGGUCACAUCGGUCGCCUACAAGCAGAACGCCCGUCUACGGAGGGAAAUCCAGCUCCAUCAGCAGCAGCAGGAGCGCUAUAAGCAGGAGCUUUCCAAGGUCAAGGAGGAGAUCCGGCGUCUGACCGAGGAGAAGAAGCAGAACGGCGACCCACGCCGGAAAGUACUGGAUCUCCAGAGCUGCAUGACUUGCACCCCAGACAUGGAGUUUCCCGUCACCGAGAAGCGGUCGUCGCUGAUUCUGUAGAAACCAGCCCAAUGUGUGAACGACAGUACAAAGCCCGCGCCAUUGAGAUACU